AUGGCGGCGUAUCCGGGGCAGGGUUUCCCCGGCGCAGGACAGGCCCCCGGCGCGCCCCCGCCCGGCGCUUAUCCCGGAGCCUAUCCCGGAGCUCCCUACGGCGGAGCGCCCUAUGGACAGCCUGGGCCUUACGGCGGCCCCCAGCCUGGGCCCUACGGAGGAGCGGCUCCCGGAGGUAAUGCUCCCCCGGGUGUGGACCCAGAGGCUUUCUCCUGGUUCCAGGCAGUGGAUGCAGAUCACAGUGGCUACAUCUCUGUCAAGGAGCUGAAGCAGGCUCUGGUCAACUCCAACUGGUCAACAUUCAACGAUGAGACCUGCCUGCUGAUGAUAAACAUGUUUGACAAGAGCAGGUCCGGGCGCAUGGACAUCUACAGCUUCUCAGCCUUGCUGCGCUUCCUCCAGCAGUGGAGGAGCCUCUUCCAGCAGUAUGACAGGGACCAGUCAGGCUCCAUCAGCUUCCACGAGCUCCAGCAAGCUUUCACCCAGAUGGGCUACACCCUGAGCCCCCAGUUCAGCCAGCUGCUGCUGGCUCGGUACGGCCAGAGGUCCUCCAGCCCCAGCAUCCAGCUGGACCGCUUCAUCCACAUCUGCACACAGCUGCAGAGCAGCACCGAGGCCUUCCGCGAGAAGGACGCAGGGCGGGUGGGCAGCGCCCGGCUGAGCUACGAGGACUUCCUCACCAUGGUGGUGACUCGCAUGAUGUGACCCCUUCAGCUGAGGCCUGCCAGCUCUCUGGGCACCUCUCGGACCAGCCAACCCUCCUGUGGAUGUGGCUGAG